AUGACGACGAAGAUGGUCCGCCUGCGCAGCUCCGACGGCCAGGAGCUCGAGGUGAUGGAGGAGGCGAUCGCCGCCGCGUCUAAGACGAUCAAGGACACGCUGGAGAAGGGCGGCGCCGCCGACGGUGCCAUCCCGGUCCCCGGCGUCAUCGGCCGGGUCCUCUCCCGCGUCCUCGAGUACGUCAACAGGCACUUCUCCGACCCGGGCGCGGCAGCGGACCCCUUCGACCACAUCCCCAACUUCGACGACCCGUUCAAGGCGUUCGACGCACUAGUGCAGAACCGUGAGGACGCCUUCGUCCAAGUCGACCAAGACACGCUCUUCGACCUCAUCCACGCGGCCGAGUGCCUCGACAUUGAGGGGCUGAUGGACCUGACGUGCGAGACGGUGGCGGACCAGAUGAGGGGCAAGACCAUCGAGGAGAUCCGCAAAAAGUUCCACGUCGUCAACGACUACACCGCACGGGAGGAAGAGGACGUCCGCAAGGAGAACGCCUGGGCGUUCGAGUAG